AUGGUGCAUAGGCUUACACACGACGAAGGUGACGAGGCUGCCGCCACCACGGAGGGGACCAAGAGGGAGACGGCGGCGACGAGGAGGAGGACAAGGAGGCAAGGUGGUGGAGACGCCAUCGCGGCGAUCAAGAGGAGGAUGCUGCGGUGCAGCGAGGCCGGAGAACGGGGGAGAUUCAAGCGGAGCUACUUGGCAGGCGCAGGCGGCGGCGAGCAGGGCGACGGCGCCUCCGCCGUCUUCUUCUACCUGGCCUGCAUCGCCUGCGCCCCCGCUUAG